CCCGAUUUAAAAAAAAAAAAAAUUCUGAGAAGCCAUCCUUGGCCGCCCAUAUAUACUCCAUAAAAAUUUCCUUUGUUUAUAUGUAUACAUAGAAUUCUGCACUUUUCCUUUGUUUAUUUAUAUAUGUAUAUAUAUAUAUAUAUUCUCCUUACAAUCUUGCCAACACCCCAAUAGUCUAUGAAAGUUGCUGAAUAAGUUCGGGAGCAGAGGUCCCUCAAUGUUAUAAAGAUGAACCAUGACGCACGCCAUGACCAUCCUGCCGAACAUACUAGAAAAAUACAAUCCAAAAUUCUACGGCGGACUUUCAAUUGCCAUCGAGAUUUUUUCCUAUAAAUACUCUCUCCAACCUCCUCUCUUUGGCAUAAAAACAGACUCCUGAAACACAAUUCGCAAAACACCUUCCUUCUCUCUUUUUCAUUCAAUCUUUUGAUAUCAUCAAUGGCGGACCAACUCAUUGUCUUGGAUUUAUGGAUUAGCCCUUUUGCAGCAAGGGUUAGAAUUGCCUUGGCUGAGAAAGGGAUAGACUAUGAGUCCAGAAAAGAGGACUUGAGCAACAAGAGCCCACUGCUCCUCAAGAUGAAUCCUGUUGGCAAGCAAAUCCCUGUGUUGAUCCACAAGGGCAAACCGGUAUGCGAGUCACUCAUCAUUGUUCAGUACAUCGAUGAACUCUGGAACCACAAAUCCCCAUUGUUGCCUUCUGAUCCUCACCAGAGAUCCAACGCCAGGUUCUGGGCUGAUUAUGUUGACAAGAAAAUAUAUAGCAUUGGGAGGCAGCUAUGUUUAUCCAUCGGUGAAGCCCAAGAAGCAGCAAAGAAUGACCUCAUAGGGUGCUUUAAGCUGUUGGAAGGAGAGCUUGGAGAUAAGCAUUACUUUGGGGGUGAGACCUUUGGCUUUGUGGAUGUGGCAUUGAUCCCAUUUUACACCUUUUUCCAUUCGUUUGAGCAAUUUGGCAACUUCAGCAUGGUGACAGAGUGCCCUAAAAUUGUUGCUUGGGCUCAAAGGUGCAUGGAGAAGGAGAGUGUGUCCGAGUCACUUACUGACCCACACAAGGUCUAUGACUUUUUCAUGGGGCUCAAAAAGAAGCAGGAGGCUAAGUAAAUUUGAUUUAUGCUGUGUUUGGUUGGAAGAUUUAAGAAGAGAUUUGGAAAUGGAAAAGGAAAAGUUAGGUGAAAUGUUAAUAAAAUAUACUUACA